CAGUGGCUUGGGAGGCAUUCUGUUGUUUACCAACAAUCACUCUUCGUCUUUGGGUGCGGCGUGCUGUUCUCACAACACAAAAAUGUUCAAUAUUUGUCGGUUCUGCUUGAGCCAGGACGACGCAUACUUAAUUCCUCUGACAAGUUUAUCAGAAUUUGCAGUUACCGUGCAAGAUUUGGUGCUAUGUACCGGGAUUCAGAUAACCGAGAACCAUGUGCCAUCUUAUGCGGUGUGUCUGGAGUGUACCAACAAAUUGCAAAUCGGCUCAAGCUUCCGAAACACCUGCCUGAGCAAUGAUGCUCUUUUUCACGAACUGUGCGCAAUGCUGGUUGCUAGCGCGGAAGCUACACGCGAUGAGACGGUCGAAUACUUGGAGAGUGAGUUUGCCGAAGAAGACACGUUGUGUUUCGACGGAUUCAAAGAUGAAGCGGUAGAAUGUCGUACCAGCAAUACUGAUUGCAGCACAAACGGGUUCACGGAGACAUUGCACGAGGAAGAGUACAUCCAAGAAUAUGUGGAAGACAUAACCACAAGCAGUACCGCAGAGAUCAUUGCGAACGAUAGUGACUUUUCGUACUCUGCCAACUACAUACAACUCGGCGAACCAUUAUCGGACGAUGACGAGCAGCAAAAUUUUCGUAAUGUUUACACUGCUACAAGGUCACAGCUCAUCAAACGCAAAAGCGAUAUUCCACUGUUUAAUGUAAUGUGCAGCGACAAUACCAAUCCAACACACUGGGACGAUGACUGGCUUGAACUGGAUCGUCCGGUUGGGCAACGGAAACUACAUCUUUGCGAAAAGUGUGGUUUAAGGACACAACAUCUCAAAUCUCAUCUGGUUAACCAUCGAGAGGAAUGCACCGAAGCAUGUCCCCACUGUUUGAAAAAAUUUAAACAUAAAGCCAACUUAGCAUCGCACAUUAAAACCGUACAUAUGAAGAUGAUUGGGAAAACGUGUUCCAUAUGCGGCAAGGGCUUCAUUCAUCACAAAACGUACCGAUAUCAUAUGCUUACUCAUCAAAGCGAGGGAAAAAGCUACGAAUGUAAGUCAUGUUCGAAAACGUUCGUAAACGAAGUUUACUUAAGAGACCAUUUCAAUAGACUGCACAAUCUGGCCCGCAAUGAAAGGAAAACUGUAAUGUUAACGGAUAUGUGAAAGGAAAAGGCGACCAAUAAAUGAGUUUUAUUCGUAUAGGUUCCCUUAAAAUCAAG